AUGGAACAGAAGAACGUGGUCCUUCUAUUUCUUCUAUUUCUGCAAUCAGGUCAAGGAGAUCUCCUGGAUAACUAUGUAAAUACCGAGGGGGCUUCACUGUAUAGUGUCACCAAGAAGCAGCUAGAAGCAGGAAGUUCGGAGGAAUGUGCCACCAAGUGUGAGGAAGAAACCGAGUUCAUCUGCAGGUCUUUCCAGUAUCACAGAAAAGAGCAACAAUGUGUGAUCAUGGCUGAAAACAGCAAGUCUUCCACUGUUAUCAGGAGGAGAGAUGUGGUUUUAUUUGAAAAGACAAUGUAUCUUUCAGAGUGCAGGACCGGAAAUGGAAAGAACUACAGGGGCACCAUGGCCAAGACCAGAGAUGGUGUUCUGUGCCAGAAGUGGGGCGCCGAGUUUCCUCACAAACCCAACUAUACCCCUGAAAAAUGCCCUUCAGAGGACCUGGUUGAGAACUACUGCCGGAAUCCAGACAAUGAUGAGAAGGGUCCCUGGUGUUACACAACCAACCCAGAAAAAAGAUUUGACUACUGCAACAUUCCUGAGUGUGAAGAGGACUGCAUGCAUUGUAGUGGAGAAAACUAUCAGGGCAAAAUUUCCCAGACCAUGUCCGGAUUUGAUUGUCAGGCCUGGGACUCUCAGAUCCCACAUGCUCAUGGAUACAUUCCUUCAAAGUUUCCCAGCAAGAACCUGAAGAUGAAUUACUGCCGUAACCCCGAUGGGGAGCCCCGUCCAUGGUGCUUCACCACAGAUCCCAACAAGCGCUGGGAGUACUGCAACAUCUCCCGCUGCACAACACCCCCACCACCAUCUGGACCAACCCAUCAGUGUCUGAAGGGAAAAGGUGAAACCUAUCGAGGGAAUGUGGCUGUUACGGUAUCUGGGCACACGUGUCAGCACUGGAGUGCACAGACACCUCACAAACACAACAGGACCCCUGAAAACUUUCCCUGCAAGAAUUUGGAUGAAAAUUACUGUAGAAAUCCUGAUGGAGAAAAUGCUCCUUGGUGUUACACAACCAACAGUGAGGUGAGAUGGGAAUACUGCAAGCUACCAUCCUGUGUGUCCUCUGAAUCCUCCCCGGAACUGACUUCUUCUAUUUCCACUUCAGUGAUCCCUGAGCAAACCCCUGUGGUCCAGGAGUGCUACCAGGGCAAUGGACAGAGUUAUCGAGGUACCUCAUCCACCACUAUCACUGGGAAGAAGUGUCAGUCUUGGGUAUCCAUGACACCACAUCGGCAUCUGAAGACUCCAGAAAACUUCCCAAAUGCUGACUUGACAAUGAACUACUGCAGAAAUCCAGAUGCUGACGAAAAACCUUGGUGUUUUACCACUGAUCCGAGUGUCCGAUGGGAGUACUGCAAUCUGAAGAAAUGCUCAGAGACAGGAGGAAGCGUCCCAAGCUCUUCUGCGCUACCUCAACUUCCAGGUGCUGAGACUCCUUCUGAAACAGACUGCAUGUAUGGGAAUGGCAAAAGCUACCGGGGCAAGAAGGCGACCACUGUUACCGGGACUCCAUGCCAGGGGUGGGCUGCCCAAGAGCCUCAUAGGCACAGCAUUUUCACUCCACAGACAAAUCCACGGGCAGGCCUGGAGAAAAAUUACUGCAGGAACCCAGACGGAGAUGUCAAUGGUCCCUGGUGCUAUACAACGAACCCAAGGAAGCUUUAUGACUACUGUGAUGUCCCUGUGUGUGCAUCCUCCUCAUUUGACUGUGGAAAGCCCAAGGUGGAACCAAAGAAGUGUCCUGGAAGAGUUGUAGGGGGAUGUGUGGCCAACCCACAUUCCUGGCCCUGGCAAAUCAGUCUCAGAACAAGAUUUGGACAACACUUCUGUGGAGGCACUUUAAUAUCCCCGGAGUGGGUACUGACUGCUGCACACUGCUUGGAGAGGUCUUCCAGACCAUCAUCGUACAAGGUCAUCUUGGGUGCACACAAAGAAAUGAAAUUAGAAGCAGAUGUUCAAGAAAUAGAAGUUGCUAAGCUGUUCGUGCAGCCUGCCCGAGCAGAUAUUGCCUUGCUGAAGCUAAGCAGGCCUGCCAUCAUCAAUGAUAUAGUCAUCCCAGCUUGUCUGCCGCCCCCAAAUUAUGUGGUUGCUGACCGAACAGAAUGCUACAUCACUGGCUGGGGUGACACUAAAGGUACCUAUGGGGCUGGUCUUCUCAAGGAAGCCCAGCUACCUGUGAUAGAGAAUAAAGUGUGCAAUCGUUAUGAAUAUCUGAAUGGAAGAGUGAAGUCCUCUGAGCUCUGUGCUGGACUCUUGGCUGGAGGUGCGGACAGCUGCCAGGGUGACAGUGGAGGACCUCUGGUUUGCUUUGAGAAGGACAAAUACAUUUUACAAGGAGUGACUUCCUGGGGUCUAGGCUGUGCACAGCCCAAUAAGCCUGGCGUUUACGUCCGUGUUUCAAGAUUUGUGCCUUGGAUUGAAGAAGUAAUGAGAGAUAAUUAA